CCAACUUUAAGCCCAGUAAAUAGACUUUCCCACCGGUUGAGCCAGCCAGGCAGGCACCGGGCACUCAACAACACCAAAAGCCCUUGCCCUCUACCUCAACGCUUCGAUUUCAACAUUGGGAAUCUGUUCCAGAUAUCUCCUAAAUGUGAUAACAUUUCACAGAGUGGAUGUGAAGAGCCUGAGGAUUCAUGCCUUCCCUUACCAUAACUGGAUCUCAGCAGUCAUCUGCCAGUUUAAUGUUUGAAAGUCCUAUGCCGACUUUAGUUUACAGUAGGAGGAGGAAACGUCGUGGAAACAGCAGCAGUGGUAGUGCUGUUGUGGUCAACUUUUGUGCACAGGAGCCGGUGAAUUCUAGGAGAAGUGGGAAUUGUCUUUAUGUUGUCAGUUCCGAUGCUCUUUCGGAGGAAAUCGUUGAGCAGAAAGGAAUUUCUCAAGAUGAACGUGAAGCCACAACUGUUAGAGCUCCCAUGGAAACUCUCGUUUGCAGUGGAGGGCCUCAUAUUUCAAAGUGUGAAUUUGCUAAUGGAAGUUCUGGUGUGUAUGACCACAGUUCUGAUGAUGUACAUAAAACUGUUGUGCAGAAAGAACUAGAUGUUGACAGUAUAAAUGACAGUUGUUCAUCAUCGAAGUCAAUUAUGGAACUUGCCUUAGUUUCUUUGAAAGAUGAGAUGGCUGAAAAUGGUGAGUGUUCCUCCUCUUGUGUGAUAGCUGCUGAAGUUGUGAGGGAAGAUCUAUCUGAAAAAGAUGCGUUCCACCGUAUCAUUCAGUGCCAGGGGAAUGAUGACGAAAUUGGGCCUUCAAGGAAUUGUAUCAACGAGGAAUUAAGGACUACUGGUGGUGGUGGUGGUAGUUGUUCUAGGUUGUGCAAAACUUGUAACCAUUCAGGAACUGUUCAAAAGAUGCUCAUUUGUGAUAAUUGUGAAGAAGCGUUCCAUGUACGUUGCUGCACUCCCAGGAUAAAGAAAAUACCGAUUGAUGACUGGUAUUGUACUUCGUGUAUGAAAAAUAAGCGAAUAAUGCUCAAAGAGGCAACUGCAAGCAAGGCUUCAAGUAUCACUGGUGGAAUGGGUAGAUGCAGAGAUGUAUCACCUGAAGAGGAAUUCAGUCCAAUAGAAUUAAUGUUGAGAGAUACUGAACCUUAUAGAACCAGCACACGGAUUGGAAAGGGCUAUCAAGCAGAAGUUCCUGACUGGUCUGGUCCAAUUGAUAAUGAUGCUGAUACAAUUAGUGAACCACUAAAUUUGGAUCCUUCAGAAUAUACCGAUUUCCAUGACAUGAAUUGCCACAAGUUAAAUAAAUUCAGCUUAAUAGGGAAUUGGCUUCAAUGUAGAGGGCUGGUAGAAGGCGUGGGCGACAAUAAUGGAACCAUCUGUGGAAAAUGGCGCAGGGCUCCACUUUUUGAAGUCCAAACUGAUAAUUGGGAAUGCUUCUGCUCUUUCCAAUGGGAUCCAUUGCAUGCUGAUUGUUCUGUACCUCAGGAGAUGGAAACAAACGAAAUUUUGAAGCAACUCGAAUAUGUUAAGAUGUUAAGACCUCAACUAUUAGCUGAACGACCAAAAUAAGAUCAGACCAACAACCUCACUUCCCGUAAAGAUACGAGAAAUGGACAGAGCUAGGCUGCACAUGGUAGUGGUAAUUUUCCCCCGAGUAUCUGUAUAGCUUGCCUUGAAAACAUCUUGUAUAUCAGAAAUUCUUUACAAUUCCAAAGGUCUCGAUUUUUCCAGCGUAUCUUCCUUAAUGGUUACUUGCAUUCUAUUGUACUAUGUUGGAGAGAAAUCAUCUAGUAUGAAAGAGUAUUAUGCAUUGCUUUCA